AAGGAAGGGAGGCGUGCCGGAAGUUGGCUCCACUUCCGCCCGUCUCGGGGCGGGGCCGACUCCAAGGUUACUGGCUGGCGUUUCCGGGCUGCCCCGCAGCUGCCGUGGCUCCAGCAUGUUGGAGACCGAGCGACUCGUGUUGCCCCCUGCUGACCCCCUGGACCUUCCCCUUCGAGCCCUGGAAGUGGGAUGUACGGGGCGCUGGGAGCUGCUGAGCGUGCCUGGGGCUCCAGAGAGCACCCUUCCCCAUGGCCUCCCUCCCUGUGCCCCGGAUCUGCAGCAGGAAGUACAGCAGUUGUUUCUCUCAUCUCCAGCCUGGCUUCCUUUGCAUGGAGUGGAGCACUCAGCUCGAAAAUGGCAGCGGAAGGCAGAUCCCUGGUCUCUCCUGACUGCCCUCGGGGCUCCAGUCCCAUCCGACCUUCAGGCCCAAAGACACCCAACCACAGGCCAGAUCCUGGGCUACAAGGAAGUCCUGCUGGAGAACACAAACCUGUCAGCCACAACCUCCUUGUCCCUUCGCCGGCCUCCAGGGCCAGCCUCACAGUCGCUAUGGGGGAAUCCAACACAAUACCCUUUCUGGCCAGCUGGAAUGGAUGAGCCCACCAUAACAGAUCUGAGCACUCGUGAGGAAGCCGAGGAGGAGAUAGACUUUGAGAAAGAUCUUCUCACCAUUCCUCCUGGCUUCAAGAAAGGCGUGGACUUUGCCCCCAAGGAUGGCCCAGCUCCCGCACCUGGGUUGCUCAGCCUCAGCCGUCUGCUGGAACCCUUAGAUCUGGGUGGGGGAGAUGAGGACGAGAGCGAGGCAGCAGGAUGGCCAGGAGGUCCUGGAGGGGACACAGUGUCAGCCUCUCCCUGCAAUGUUCCCUUGGCUCGGGCAAGCAGCUUGGAGGACCUAGUAUUGAAGGAAGCAUCCACAGUCACAUCCCCCCUGGAACCUCCCAGACCUGCGCCUCAGGAGCAGUGGGCUGUCCCCGUGGACGUUACCUCCCCUGUGGGGGAUUUCUACCGCCUCAUCCCUCAGCCAGCCUUCCAGUGGACGUUUGAGCCGGAUGUGUUUCAGAAGCAGGCCAUCUUGCACUUGGAGCAGCACGACUCUGUCUUCGUUGCCGCUCACACAUCUGCCGGGAAGACAGUCGUGGCCGAAUACGCCAUCGCCCUGGCCCAGAAACACAUGACGCGCACCAUCUACACUUCGCCUAUCAAAGCCCUGAGCAACCAGAAGUUCCGGGACUUCCGAAAUACAUUUGGGGAUGUGGGGCUGCUCACCGGGGAUGUGCAGCUGCACCCAGAGGCCUCCUGCCUCAUCAUGACCACAGAGAUCCUUCGCUCCAUGCUGUACAGUGGCUCCGAUGUUAUCCGGGACUUGGAGUGGGUCAUCUUUGAUGAGGUUCACUAUAUCAACGAUGCUGAGCGUGGGGUCGUGUGGGAGGAGGUGCUGAUCAUGCUCCCUGACCACGUCUCCAUCAUCCUUCUGAGCGCCACUGUCCCCAACGCCCUGGAGUUUGCCGACUGGAUCGGGCGACCAGGGAUGAAACCUCGGGAGAGACUGGGAGACGGGACUCCUUCCCGCCUCUUCCCGGAUCUGCCACCACCUCCUCCCUCCAGGCGGCUGAAGCGUCGGCAGAUCUACGUGAUCAGCACGGUCGCUCGACCUGUCCCCCUGGAGCACUAUCUCUUCACCGGGAACAGCCCCAAGACUCAGGGGGAGAUUUUCCUGCUGCUGGACUCCCGAGGGGCCUUCCACACCAAGGGGUACUAUGCCGCUUUGGAGGCCAAGAAAGAGAGGAUGAGCAAGCACGCCCAGACGUUCGGGGCCAAGCAGCCCACACACCAGGGGGGACCUGCACAGGACCGUGGAGUGUACCUGUCCUUGCUGGCUUCCCUCCGCACCCGGGCCCAGCUGCCCGUGGUAGUGUUUACUUUCUCCCGAGGCCGCUGUGAUGAGCAGGCUUCGGGCCUCACCUCACUUGACCUCACCACAAGCUCAGAGAAGAGCGAGAUCCACCUGUUUCUGCAGCGCUGCCUCGCUCGACUCCGAGGCUCUGAUCGCCAGCUUCCCCAGGUCCUUCACAUGUCAGAGCUCCUGCGCCGGGGCCUGGGUGUGCAUCACAGUGGUAUCCUGCCCAUCCUCAAGGAGAUUGUGGAGAUGCUGUUCAGCCGAGGACUGGUCAAGGUCUUGUUUGCCACGGAGACCUUCGCCAUGGGUGUAAACAUGCCAGCAAGGACAGUGGUGUUUGACUCCAUGCGUAAACACGAUGGCUCCACCUUCCGGGACCUGCUCCCCGGGGAGUAUGUGCAGAUGGCAGGCCGAGCAGGCCGGAGGGGUCUGGACCCCACAGGCACCGUCAUCCUGCUCUGCAAGGGCCGUGUGCCUGAGAUGGCGGAUCUGCACCGAAUGAUGAUGGGGAAGCCAUCCCAGCUGCAGUCCCAGUUCCGCCUCACAUACACAAUGAUCCUCAAUCUGCUGCGGGUGGAUGCCCUCAGAGUGGAGGACAUGAUGAAGAGGAGUUUCUCGGAGUUUCCAUCCCGAAAGGACAGCAAGGCCCACGAGCAGGCUCUGGCUGAACUCACCAAAAAGCUGGGUGCUCUGGAGGAGCCUGACACAACUGGCCAAUUGGCUGACCUGCCUGAGUAUUACAGCUGGGGGGAGGAGCUGACAGAGAUCCAGAACAUGAUCCAGCAAUGCAUCAUGGAGUCUGUGAAUGGACUGAAAUCUCUCUCAGCAGGGAGGGUGGUGGUUGUGAAGAACCAGCAGCAUCACAAUGCACUGGGUGUGAUCUUGCAGGUCUCCUCAAACUCUACCAGCAGAGUCUUCACAACCUUGGUCUUAUGUGAGAAGCCUGUUGUGUCUGAGAGCCAACAGGACAAGGAGCCAGCCACUCCGGAUGUGCCGCACCCAGAUGACCUUGUGGGCUUCAAGCUGUUCCUGCCUGAAGGGCCCUGUGAUCACACUGUGGCCAAACUCCAGCCAGGAGAUAUUGCUGCCAUCUCCUCCAAGGUGCUCCGGGUGAAUGGGGAGAAGAUCUUGGAGGACUUCAGCAAGAGGCAGCAACCCAAAUUCAGGAAGGACCCUCCCCUUGCAGCCGUGACCACCGCUGUUCAGGAGCUGCUGCGCCUGGCUCAGACUUACCCGGCAGGACCCCCGACCCUUGACCCCGUCAAUGACUUGCAACUCAAGGAUGUGUCAGUGGUAGAAGGUGGCCUCCGGGCCCGGAAGCUGGAGGAACUGAUCUGGGGGGCUCAGUGUGUGCACAGCCCCCGUUUUCCUGCCCAGUACCUGAGGCUGCAGGAGCGGAUGCAGAUUCAGAAGGAGAUGGAGCGACUGCGCUUCCUGCUGUCGGAUCAGUCGCUGCUGCUGCUCCCUGAGUACCACCAGCGUGUGGAGGUGCUUCGCACCCUGGGGUACGUGGAUGAGGCAGGCACUGUGAAACUGGCCGGACGGGUAGCGUGUGCCAUGAGCAGCCAUGAGCUGCUCCUCACUGAGCUCAUGUUUGACAAUGCACUGAGUACCCUGCGGCCUGAGGAGAUUGCCGCCCUGCUCUCUGGCCUGGUUUGCCAGAGCCCGGGGGAUCCCGGGGACCAACUCCCAAGCACCCUGAAGCAGGGGGUGGAACGUGUCCGGGCUGUAGCCAAGCGGAUUGGUGAGGUCCAGGUGGCCUGUGGCCUGAACCAAACAGUGGAGGAAUUUGUGGGAGAGCUGAAUUUUGGGCUGGUAGAGGUUGUGUACGAGUGGGCUCGGGGCAUGCCCUUCUCUGAGUUAGCAGGGCUCUCAGGGACCCCUGAAGGCUUGGUGGUCCGCUGCAUCCAGCGCCUGGCUGAGAUGUGUCGCUCACUGCGAGGGGCAGCCCGCCUGGUAGGAGAGCCUGUACUGGGUGCCAAGAUGGAGACAGCAGCCACCCUGCUAAGACGGGACAUCGUCUUUGCAGCCAGCCUGUACACUCAGUAGAGGCGUUCUGGAUAAGUGUAACAAUAAACAGCCACCCAGACUGCUGGGCGUGGGGCAGGGAUGACUCCACAAAGAUGCAGCAUGACACCUGCUUAGAAAGUCACCUUUAUUAUCUGCAGAGACCAGU